AUGGCCGUCAACACAAAACACAGGCCUUGCUUGCCUGACCUUGUUAUCGACCAGAUUCUCCGAAGUCUCCCCACCAAAGCUGCAGUCCGCAUGAGCUUUCUUUCCAAACAAUGGGAAGGUGUCUGGUCUCUCCUUCCCUCACUAGAUUUCGACGAAGGCAGCCACCCUGACCAUUAUUAUCACCACAACCACGUCGUUGACAGCGAAAACUUGCUUCGACAUAAAAGGUUCGUCAACAACAUCUUGGCAAAGUAUUUGGAAUAUCGUCAAAAAGACGAGAAGAAAGAUGUCUUAGAUAAAUUGAAGAUCCGCAUGUGUUCCCUAUUUUUCGUUUCAAGUACCAGUCUCAAAUCCCUGGAGCUUAAUCAUUGCACUGCUAAGAAUGUUAUAGUUCAUGAAGCUGUGAAUCUUGAGUCUUUUACCUUCGUUUCUGCGCAUUUCCCGCUCGAUUUGAUUGUCCUGAAUCAAUCGGAUAACUUGAAAUACAUCAACAUUCAUGCUCAGCACUUGCAAACGAUUACUUUAUUUGGAUGCCAUGAAAGUGUGAAGGCCACAAUCGAUACUCCAAAUCUUUUGUCUUUACAAUUCAAUGGUUAUGUGAGCUACUCCAAAGUUUGUGUGAAAGCUCCAAAUUUAAGAGGGGCCAGCAUUGCACUGUGGGACGUUUGGGACGAAGAGCUAUGCACCAUCGACGGUCCAUGGAAACAUUUUCCUGCGCUGAGAGAUUUUCUUAAAGAAUUUGGUUUCCUCGAAAGUUUACUUCUCUCUGUUCCUGAUUUUAAGGCUCUCAUCUUUCCAGAGAACUUCAGAAAGACUUUCUCUUCACCUCUGCCUAAUCUAAGAAAUUUUUCCAUCCUUUUGUCGAAUCCUCCAACAGAAGCGACAGAUAUGUAUGACUUAAGGGAAUCCUUUGGUUGGAUUGCACCUUCUGCAAAUGUUAUCAUGUUCAAGGGCAGCCCUGGCAUGGUGCUAGUGGCGCAACUGCACAUGGUUUUUGAGGGCCCCUGA